AGUGUUUUUGCGCUCUUGAGCGUUAUGGUUCUGCCACAAAUUUAUUAAUUCAAAGAAACUUACUAAUUCUUGGGUAGGACUGGUCAGGAUUGACUAGUGCGAGAGAUGUCGUUAUUAACCGAGAACGAUUCGUUGCAAAUUUCCCAUUUUACAGCUUGCCAUUAAGAUAAGGAGAAAAUUGUUGAGCAAGCAAACAGUCCAAGUCGUUACACCCGUUACGAAGCCUUACAAAAUGUUUGGGUGUAACUCAAUCAAUACACAAUUGUCGUCCUAUAUGCAUACAUUCGUUGAUUGAAUUAUGUAUUAUCAGUUUAGCCUACGUACGAAACAAUGAGAUCCUUAUCAGUACGAGAAUCCCUCCAAUAAAAGAUGACACAAACUUUAAUCCAUUCCCUUUUCCUGCAACAAAUUCGAAUCUCAACUCGUUUUUGGUGUUUCAGUCUACAAUGAGAGCAGCCAGAUAUGGAUUGGUCUUAGUGAUUUGCUGCUUGAGUAUUGGUGGUAUACUUUGCGACGUGAAGAUAUCUACUCAUGAUUUGGAACUGAAAAGGGGAGAUGAGCAGAGUGUUUUUCUUGAAAUAAGUGAUUUCGAGGGUGAUAUUCAGUUCAUCGUGCAGCAUGAAGAUAUCGUCAACAUCAGUCCUAAGACCAUUUUGGUGGAGAACAAAACUGAGAAGGUGACACUGGUGGUUAAAGCUGUUGGGGCAGGACACUCAGAAAUUUAUGCCAACGAAACGAAUAUAAAAGGUUUAGAGGAUGUUUAUCUAAGGAUAACAGUAAAUAAAGUGCCAACUCUUGACACUGUAUCAUCAGUUAUAGGAUGGAUUUAUUUCGUAGCAUGGUCAAUUUCAUUUUAUCCACAGAUAUAUACGAAUUUCAAAAGAAAAAGUGUUGUAGGUCUUAAUUUCGAUUUUCUGGCCUUGAAUCUGAUAGGAUUCACCCUGUAUUCGAUAUUCAACAUUGGUCUGUACUGGUUCGAUGAAAUUAAGACAGAAUAUGCCAAUCGACACCCAAGAGGGCUGAUUCCAGUAUUACUGAAUGACAUAUUCUUUGCUGUCCAUGCAAUAAUUGCAACCCUUAUAACAAUUAUUCAAUGUUACAUCUACGAGAGGGAUGAACAGAGGAUCAGCCUUACCGCAAAAACCAUAAUGAGUCUUUUUGGUGUUGUCAUAUUGAUUAGUUUUAUACUUAGUCUAAGUCAAGGGAUCCACUGGUUGGACUUUUUGUACAUAUGCUCCUACGUGAAACUGACAAUCACGUUAAUCAAGUACAUUCCUCAAGCUUAUAUGAACUACAGGAGGCAGAGCACACAAGGUUGGAGUAUAGGAAAUAUCUUUUUGGAUUUCACUGGAGGAAUGCUGAGCAUGCUGCAAAUGCUUAUAAAUGCCUUCAAUUACGAUGAUUGGGUUUCAAUAUUCGGAGAUCCAACCAAAUUUGGACUAGGGUUUUUCUCGGUUUUAUUCGAUGUAUUCUUCAUUAUACAGCAUUAUAUUCUUUACAGGCUAACAAAUUACUCCGAGAACCCAUGAAUUUUAUUGUGUAUUUUGAUUUUGAGAGGACAAUUCGUACGAUUUUGUGCUUUGGAUGAUAUUCAAACAGCAGUAUUCCUUCAUGUGGUAUUCAAUUGAUUGAAAAUCUAUGAAGUAUAAUAAAUAAGUUAUUAAA